GCCAUCAUCCACGUCAACGCGCCGUAAAUAAACAAAAACACAUAACCUCAAGUUGUAAUUAAAAAAACUUCUGGGGCAUUUAACAGCACAAAAAAUCAUGGGAGAGUCGGAGAAAACUAAUGUGUUGUCAAAACGAAUGAACAAAAUCCUGGAUUCGCGUAUAGAAAACGACCAGGACACCAUUGAAGCCCUACGGGAGCUCUCGACGUUCUACACAGAAAACACUCUGCAGGCACGUCGCAACCUUCGAAGCCAGAUAGAGAAGCGAAACUUGGAUAUAAACCAACACUUUUUGGAGUCAUUUAGAGUCGUCAAAGACAGCUUUGAUAGCGUUUAUACCGAUAUUGCGGAAAUGAACAAGAGCAUCCAAGAAAUGACCCAUCAACUCCACAACGCAAAGUCGCAAACGAAAAAACUGCUGCAAAAAACCAGCGCUUUACAGGACGCAAAAGAACGGAUAGAAACACAUCAAGACGUAACUAGGUCGUUCUUGCAAAAAUUCCAACUGCAACCGGAAGACCUGGUGGCUCUUUACGGAGACGCUAAAAAGCUGGACAGGCCCAUUACUUUCGACACCUUCAGGGCAUUGGCAAAGGUCCAGGAAAUUCAUGGAAAUUGCAAAGUUCUGAUGCAAGCAGGACUGCAAACUUUGGCUCUGGAUAUCAUGGAGCAAAUGACAAUGCACCAGGAGGGUGCUUUGGAAGUUUUAUACCGUUGGACACAAAGCCACUGUAGAAACGUGGAUAAUCCAGAUCUUCGGGACAUUAUAGCGCAAGCAAUGGAAAAACUUCAAGACCGAUCGGUACUUUUCAAGUACGUUAUUGAUGAGUACUGCAUAUGCAGAAGGAGCUUCUUAGUUGGGGAAUUUCUAAACGCCUUAACCAAGGGGGGGCCAUCAGGAAACCCAGCCCCUAUCGAGAUGAGAGCGCACGAUGCCCAGAUUUACGUUACUGAUAUGUUGGUUUGGAUUAAUCGCGCAAUUCCAGUGGAGAAGCAAAACUUGCAGCUUUUAGUUAAAAGCUGCAACUCCCAAGGGCUGGACGCUAUCCUGAAUGACGCUCUGGCAAAUAUUUGCGAGGGCAUUUGCCAGCCCUUGAAAAUACGAAUUGAAAAAAUCCUCAAUGUGCCUAAUCAACCCUCGACUCUGUACGCCAUUGUUAAUAUGCUAAGAUACUAUAAAAAAUGCAUCAACAAACUGGUGAAAGGAGGACAGCUUGAAGACACCUUAUCGGAGCUCAUGUUGAAAAGCGAGCAAGUUUUUUUGGAUUUACUGCGACAGCAAAUUAACGGACUGUUGGUACGCGUUGAGGCGCCUCCAAGAGACUUGAGCCCCACAUCAGCUAUUUCCCAUUUACUGGCUGUUUUAAGAGACAUGCUUUCAACAGCCAGCAUGAGUGAAGGGCGCGAAACCGACAUGGUUAAAAUAGCAGCCACAAUCUUAGAGCCGCUGCUUAGAGCAGUGAAUGAGCAGGCCUCAAGGCUCCCACCCACUGAUAUGGCGGUCUAUUUACUGAAUUGCAUGUACUCAAUGUACACCUGCCUUAGUAUGUAUGAAUUCAUGGAGGAGCGAUUAGAGAGGUUGCAGGCCCAAUCAGAUGCCCAAAUAGACACGUUAACUUCGGAGCAGGCCAGUUCCUUAGUGGCCAAUUUAAAUCUGGGCCCCAUUUACACUAUUCUGCAGGAUCAUUGCCAAGAUGCUCUAUCAGGAGUCCCCGGAAUGGAGCCUUCUAAUUUACGAAAUUUCCUCGUCAAGCUGGACAAUCUAUCAACGCAACCGGACUCUAUUCUUCUGCCGCAAAUCGGGCUGCUUCUCUCUUCGAAGCACAAAAAGGCGGUUCAGAAAAGGUCAUUUGCCGUCCUAUUGGCGAUUUAUCGGCAACUGUACGACGCGGUACACAAUCCGGUAAAUCACUACGAAAAUCCGGCGGAAAUUUUAAGCAAAACGCCCGAUGAACUUAACAAAAUGUUCGAGUAAAGGACAGAGUGUGGGUUUAAUUCGCCGAAAGUUUAGAUUGAAGGGAAUUACACAAA